CUGCCCGGAGGGCCCUGGGGGGCCCGGCCACAGCAAAAGCACCGUAGGAGGCCCGCCUGGAGCGGGGUGCGGGAGCUGCCCAGAGCCCCGGGACGAUGAACAGCACGUGCGACGCGGUCACGUGGUCCUCGCGGCUCCACUACGCCUUCCUCGCCUACUCGGCCGCGCUGCUGGUGCUGGGCCUGCUGCUCAACGGCCUGGCGCUCUGGGUGUUCUGCCGCCGGAUGCGGCGGUGGACCGAGACCCGCAUCUACAUGACCAACCUGGCCGUGGCCGACCUGUGCCUGCUCUGCUCGCUGCCCUUCAUGCUGCACUCCCUGAGCCACACCUCCGACACGCCGCUCUGCCAGCUCUCCCAGGGCGUCUACCUGGCCAACAGGUACAUGAGCAUCGGCCUGGUGGUGGCCAUCGCCGUGGACCGCUACGUGGCCGUGCGGCACCCGCUGCGGGCCCGCGGGCUCCGCUCCCCGCGCCAGGCGGCGGCCGUGUGCCUGGUCCUCUGGGUGGCGGUGGUCGGCUCCCUGGUGGGGCGCUGGCGCCUGGGGACGCGGGAGGGCGGCUUCUGCUUCAGGAGCAGCGGCCGCCAGCACUUCGGCAGCACCGUGAUCUCCCUGCUCGGCUUCUACCUGCCGCUGGCCGUGCUGGUCUUCUGCUCCCUGCGGGUGGUGACCGCGCUGUCCCGCAGGCCGCCGGCCGACGGGGGGCAGGCCAGGGCCACGGGCAAGGCCGCCCGCAUGGUCUGGGCCAACCUGGCGGUGUUCGUGGUCUGCUUCCUGCCCCUGCACGUGGCGCUGACGGUGCAGGCGGCCCUGGGCCCCGUCUCCUGCGCGGCCCGGCUCCUGCUCAGGCAGACGCUCUCCGUCACCGGCAAGCUCUCAGACGCCAACUGCUGCCUGGACGCCAUCUGCUACUACUACACGGCCAAGGAGUUCCAGGACGCGUCCGCGCUGCCCGGGGCCUCCGGAGCCGCGGCCCACAGGAGCCGGGACUCCCGCAGCCUGACCCUCACCUAGCGCGGCC